CGGCUUAUUAUCCGGGCAUAUAAGAAUGGUUAGCGUGCGUGCUGUUGUAUCCCAGCAACUGUUAGGAGAAAAAUGAAGCUGCGCGUCAUUCUGCAGAAAAAGCCUAUUCAUUCUGAGUUAGUAAGUUGUGUUGGAUGGUCAAACUGUGAUCUUCUGUACUCUUGUGGAGACGAUCACCAAUUGCUGAAAUGGGACGUGGAGAGUAAUGACGUGCAGCAGGUUGCUAAAUUAGCGGUUGAUGUAUUUCCAACGGAUCUUCACUGGUUCCCCAUCAGUGUUGGUAGCAAGAGACACACAACGACUGACUUGUUUGUAAUGGCAGCUACAGAUGGGAAGUUCCACUUUUUGUCUCGACUAGGACGAGUAGAGAAAAGUGUUGAUGCUCAUCGUGGAGCUGUGCUCAUGUCUAGAUGGAGUCAUGAUGGUACUGCUCUUGUGACAGUUGGAGAAGAUGGUCAAGUGAAGAUUUGGUCACGAAGCGGAAUGUUAAGAUCAACGCUGACCCAGACAAGUUCUCCUGUGUAUGCAGUAGCUUGGGCCCCCGACUCUGACCAAGUUCUCUACUCAAGUGACAAGCAUCUUGUUAUCAAACCACUGCAACCAUCACAGAAACCGACUUCAUGGAAGGCUCAUGAUAAUCUAAUUCUUGGUGUUGAUUGGAGUUCAGUCAAUCACAUGAUAAUCUCAGGAGGAGAAGACAGAAGAUACAAGGUGUGGGAUGCAUAUGGUCGUCACCUCUUUACUGGACAGCUACACGAUUACCCUAUAACAUCAGUUUCUUGGUCUCCAGAUGGAGAACUGUUUGCUGUUGGAUCUUUUAAUACUUUGAGAUUAUGUGACAAAGCAGGGUGGUCUUACAGUUUAGAGAAGCCAAAUACAGGGUCAGUUUUACGUAUUUCAUGGACAACCGAUGGCACACAGUUGGCUGGAGCUUGUGGGAGCGGUCAUGUGAUACUGGCCCAUGUUAAUGAAAGGCGAUUUGAGUGGAGAAACUUUGAAGUAACAGUCCAAGCUGAACGCCAAAUACAAGUUCGGGACAUUGUCAACAACACAACUGAGGAUCUUGAAUUCCCUCAGCGUAUAGUAAAGGCAUGUUUGAGUUGGGCACAUUUUGUUGUGACAACCUCAUCUCAAUGCUACACGUACAACUGUUCGAACUGGAGUAGUCCUGUAACAUUUGAUCUGAGGGAUGGUUCAGUUUGUCUUAUUGUGUUAGCAGAAAAGCAGUUUCUUCUUGUCGACAGUGUCACUGGCUUACAGAUAUAUACAUAUGGGGGUCGUGUUGUGUGCACUCCCAAACUUCCUAGUGUUCAAGCUGCUGUUCUAAAUCAACAGAUAGUCAGCCUGAGCAACGACACUCUUGUGAUUAGAGACAAAGAUGAGAAAGUUGUUCAUGUGUUUGACACUGCAUCUGGGAAACCUGUUGGAGACGGCAAACCAUUCUCACACACAACUGAAAUAUUAGAGAUUGCUGUGGAUCAAUGUGGACCUGUAGCGUAUCGCCAGUUAUCAUUUAUAGACAAGAACAAAGAUAUUUAUCUCACACGCAUUCGUCAGCAUGGAGCAGCAGCUAAGGCUAUUAGACUUGGCAGCAUGGUGACUAGCAUCGCAUGGAAUGACAACACUAACAUGCUCGCUGCUAUUCGCGAUGGAAAGUUUACAGUUUGGCUUUAUCCUGGAGUUGUUUAUAUUGACAAGGAUAUUCUCACACAAACAGUCUAUGAGAAACAAGAAAGUGACUUUGGUCGUGAACCUCACAUUGUUCAAUUCAUUGGAAACCACUGCGUUGUCAGACGUAUUGAUGGGCCUCUUGUUAUUGCUAGUGUCUCUCCUUAUCCGGCCAUUUUGCAUCAAUAUGCAAUUACAAGCAGAUGGCAAGAUGCGGUCAGAUUAUGUAGAUUUGCAAAGGAUGAAACACUUUGGGCAUGUCUUGCUGCUAUGUCAGCUGGAUCAAAGGAACUCAAUAUUGCAGAACUUGCAUAUGCUGCAAUACAUGAGGCAUCAAAGGUUCAGUACAUCAACUAUAUCAAGGAAGUUCCCAGUCCUGAAGGUCGUACUGCCUCGCUUGCCCUUUUCUGUCAUCAACCUGGCGAAGCAGAGAAUACUCUCCUGCAAGCUGGUCUUGUUUAUCGAGCUAUUGAACUUAAUAUUAACUUGUUCAACUGGGAUAGAGCUCUUAAAAUAGCUAUCAAACACAAGACACACGUUGAUACAGUCAUUGCAUUUAGACAGAAAUAUCUACAGGAUUUGGGAAAGGAUGAAACAGACAAGUUGUUCCUGAAAUGUAGUGAAGAGACCGUCAUUGACUGGACAACAAUCCAAACAAAGAUUUCUUCAGAACUGGAAAGAGAACGAGAACGUCCAGGAGCCAAACCAUACUCAUAACAAGACACAAGCAGAAAAGGAACAUACCAUUUAUUACUUCCCUUUCUCACAUGGUUGUUGAGACCUAGUAGUGUAGUUCAUUGAAACUGAAAUGUGAAUAUUAUGUAUUUCUCAACUCCUGCUUAUAAGCAGUGGUCACUUGUCACAUGUCUAUUGUAGCUAACAGUUGUAGUAACCAUAUUGCAGCUACUCUACCAGUAAACUA